CUCUCCAAUUCCCAACCUACCCAUCAUCUUCAUCUCCGUCCUAUGAAUAGUGAACUCAAACUCCUCUGCUUUUCCUCUUUCUCCAUUUCUCUUCAAUUCUCUCUCUCUCUCUAAACCCACUCCAAUUCUAAGUUCUCUGCUUCUCUCCCCUUGUUUCCUUCUCUCUUUCUCUCCCUCCUUUCUGCGGAGGAGCUCGCCAUUUCAGAUCUUUAAAUUUGUAAGGAGGAAUAUCAGAGAGAAUGAACAGGUGGGUUUAUGAGCAGAACGCCAUGGCUGCCUGCCAGGAGAUGAGGAUGGAAUCUGUGGUUUGUCCAAAGCCACGUCGUUUGGUUUUUCAAACCCUUCCUGAUAAUGAUCCCAUCCCAGCUUAUAGAUGGCCCAUCAGCCAUUCCAAGACUGGAAAUUCAAGAGCCGGAGCUGAGUUUCUAGAUAUGAUCCUCACUAAGGAAAGUUAUGGUGAAAAUUUUAGCCACCAAUUAGCAUCAUCUCCACCAUUCUUUUGGGGGUCUCCACCAAGUAGAGCUUCCAACCCUUUAGUUCAAGAUGAGCAAUUUGGCAAUGGUAACAACACUAUCUACCAACCAUGCGAAGGGCCACCAUCUCCAUCCACCCAUAAAGGAGGAUGCGCCCGAGCAAAAUUCGGGCAUCGACCAGCAGCAGUUAGAAUUGAAGGAUUCGACUGUCUCAACCGCGAUGCCCGAAACUGCAGCAUUUCUGCUGUGGCUUAGAGACCAUAUAUAUAUAACCAAAUGGGGAAGGAGGAGGAGGAGGAGGGAGGUAGCCAUAGCCUAAGUUUUUUUGAAGUGGGAGAAGAUUUAUGACAGAGAAAUUGGAUUUGAAACUAAAACUGAUGUUUUUUUUUUCUUUUCUUUUCAUCUUUUUCAUUAGUGUGUAAAGUUGUACAUAGAAGAGUCGAUGAAAUGGCAUGAUGGGGUUUGUUCUUAUCGAGUCCUUUUGUUAUUAGUUGUUCAUGAAAUCAUCUCAAAGGAGAUAUCUGUGUAAUUAAGGUGACUAAUGAUGUUUUGGACUAUAUCUAAUCAGAGGAAAUAAAGUAGAGAAAGGCAAGAUUUAAGCCUUUCUCCAUUGUCUGUCUU